CACGACUUCGCGUCACAAAUGAUUAACUGUACUUUUUCUCAGAUAUACAAAAUUGGCGUGUCUGGCAUUAUAAGUAGAAAAAAAUCUUGUUAAAUUCUUCGUCCACUAAAAAUGCAUCCGAUAAGAAGGAGUGUUCCGUUGUUUUUCGUGCUAAGAUCAUACCAAUUUUUUGUAGUUAUUUUCUUGGUCUAGAUUUGAAAGGUGUGAUGAUAGACUUAGUUUGUUGCCAAUUACUGCUUCUCAAGUAUUCCAACUUGUUUCUCAGAUAAUUUAAACAGUGAUUUAAUAAGCGAGCUGCUCAAAUUCGAGAUUAUUCUAUGUUUUGAUAAUAUCGAUAUGACGUCUACAGCUAAAGUAAUUGAACAUUUACAACAAAACCACAGUCUUUACGUGGAGAGGUUGAAAGAAUGGGUAGCUAUUCAGAGUGUAUCUGCCAGUCCUACUCUGAGACCCGAAGUCAUUCGAAUGGUCGAAUUCGUGAAAGCAGAAUUGGAAAAACUCGGUGCUAAAACCACUUUGAGAGACAUCGGAAUGCAAAAAACUGCCCAGGGAGAAAUCCCAUUGCCUCCGAUUCUGCUGGCAACACUUGGAAGUGACCCUAAAAAGAAGACAAUCUGUGUGUAUGGACAUUUGGACGUGCAACCGGCGGCUCGAUCCGAUGGUUGGAACAGUGAACCGUUUGAUUUGACGAUUGACGCUGAAGGUCGGAUGUUUGGCAGAGGAUCUACCGACGACAAGGGUCCAGUACUUGGCUGGCUGAAUGUCGUGGAAGCGUUCAAAGCGUGUGGAGUCGAACUCCCUGUGAAUCUGAAAAUCAUUUUCGAAGGCAUGGAAGAAAGUGGAUCGGUGGGUCUCGAGGAAAUAGUCUACGAAGAAAAGGAUAAGUUCUUUCAAGACGUGGAUUAUGUGUGUAUCUCUGACAACUACUGGCUCGGUAAAAACAAGCCAUGUUUGACGUAUGGCCUCCGAGGAAUCGCAUAUUUCUUUGUUUCCGUUCAGUGUGCGUGCAAAGAUCUUCAUUCUGGUGUCUACGGAGGCGCUGUUUCGGAAGCGAUGACUGAUCUUGUAAACUUGAUGUCCAGUCUAGUUGAUAGCAAGGGCAAUAUUUUGGUUCCUGGAUUAAACGAUAUGGUUGCCCCUGUUACGAAGGAUGAGGAACUUGUUUAUCCCCUACUUGACUUCAGCCCAGAUGAUUUCAAGGACGACGUUGGAGCGACUAAAUUGAUCCACGAUUCAAAAGAGAAGCUUUUGAUGAACAGAUGGCGUUUUCCGUCUUUGUCUCUGCAUGGAAUUGAAGGUGCUUUUGCUGACCCCGGGGUCAAGACGGUCAUUCCAGGUAAGGUCACGGGGAAGUUUUCCAUCAGGCUCGUGCCGAACAUGGACGAAGUUAAAGUGAAAGAACUCGUAAUGACUCACCUGGAAAGUGUUUUCGCUAAAUUGGACAGCCCAAAUGCGUUGACGAUUGAGUUGGAGGGUGGGGGAGUGAAAGCGUGGGUGGCCGAUUUUAAUGAUCCACAGUUCAAAGCGGGACGAAUUGCGUGUCAGAGAGUGUUUGGAAUGGAGCCGGAUCUGACGCGAGAAGGAGGAAGCAUUCCAGUCACGCUGUUCUUCCAAGACGCAUUGCAGAAGAGUGUAAUGUUGUUGCCAAUGGGUGCUUGUGAUGACUCGGCACAUUCGCAGAAUGAGAAAUUGGAUAAGCGAAACUACUUCAAAGGAAUGGAACUGUUCGCAGAGUACCUGAAUCAAGUCGCACUUGUCGAUGCAUAAUUUGAACUGAGUUGAGCCGAACUCACUGUUGAUAAUCGAUUUCAGCAAAUGCAUUGUUUAUUAACUUGAUGCUUUAUCAUUGCUUCUCUAUAAAAACGCUUUUUCAAAAUUGAUUCAAAAGAGCUCAAUUCGAUAUCAAGUCUAAAUAUUGGAAAAAGUUGUUCAAGUU